AAUUUUACAUAGAUCUACGCUUAAUUAGAGAAAAUUGGAUUAAAUUAAUAUGGUAUUGGUACAGUGAAACCUGUCCUAAAGGUCACCUGAAUAAUGAGGCCACCUCUCUAUUACAGCCAUAAGCCAAAAUCCCGUACUAAAUGGCUAUAUUACAGAGGCUGAUCUGUAAUGCAGCCACCUGCCAUUUAAAACUGGCCCAAGGAUGACCGGAUUAAGCAGGUUUCACUGUAACUAGCAUUUCCAGCCGCAAACGGAAGUUUCCAAUCCCUUUCCUUUACUCUAAUAUUUAUGAUUUUUAUCAGGGAGGGACCUCCGCCCAUCCUUUAUGAUGGCCACACCCACUUCUUCGGCUAUUCCUCGGAUCAUUCUGAGUGGAAGGACUUUGAACAUUGAUGAUCUCAAUGAAGUAAUUGCGUUACUUGAGAGGCAUCACUUCAACAAGACAUCAUAUGAAAGACUUGGCCAACGUCUUAACUUGUCUCACAAUACACUAGAGGAAAUAAAGAAAGACCAUAAAGGAGUUCAUUCUUGCUUUACUCAGUGUUUGGCUAGCUGGUUGCGUAAACCUGAUGGUGUGGAGACUCCAACAAUAGAUACACUGAUAGCUGCUGUUAGAGGAAUAGGAGAGAAUGCUGUAGCUGAUGGUAUUAAUGAAGAAAUACAAACUGUUCCUUUGUCAACAAGUGAGCCGAUGGUAGCCACACCUCCAACAUUGCAUACCAGUGAAGGUCCUCCAAUUCAGCCAGUGGCCACUGUUAAUGCAGGUGUUUAUGAUCUUGAGUUACAAAUUGAUCUAUGUCCUGAGCUACAAGAAAUUGCUAAUAAUCUGCAAGAAAUGUACGAUUUCCUUGUUCUUGCAGUAAAAAAAUCACUUAAAUAUCAUGGUAUUGAUGUGAAGGAUGCAAAAAUGUUGAUAAAAUCGUGCUUUAAAAGAAAAGCUCAUGUUGUUUCUGAGUUGAUGCCCUACAUUGAUAUUCUUGAUGAAGCAAAUGAUAUUGAAACUUUUUUUGAUUUUUUAAACAAAUAUGAUUUUAUUGGUUACCUCAACUACAAGCUAUUGAAGAAACUAGCAAAACUAGUUGAAGAUGAUAAUCAGAUUAAUGAGCUUUUUCUUGAAUAUGAAAAAGAAUAUGACAAGUUAUUGAAUUCAGCUUCCUUUCAAGAUUUGAUGCCUUUAUUUGAAAGAAAAUCAGACCUGUCUCCUACUGCUCCUCUUGGAUUACCUUACAUUUCCUUUCGUCUUGAAAGGCCUGGGCUAUUCACUAGUGUUUAUACCUGGGUCAAAAUUUUUGGUGAAUUUUUAUGGUCUUCUUACGCAUUUCUUAAACAAUUCAGAAAGAACUGUGUUAUCAUCACUUACGCUAUACUACCAUGUGUUCUUGAUGAUGUCAUGAGAGAUCUCAAGGAUCCAGUGAUACUGAAAAAGCUAGAAGAUAAAGACGUUACUGUAGCUGAAUUUAUUGAGUCACCACAAAAAGAGGAAGGUCCCUAUGAGAGAGCUCUCAAAGAACAAGGAAGUGCUGAUGUAGCGUAUGCUCGUCUUAUGUUACUGGGAUCAGCUGGUACUGGCAAGACGUGUCUCAAGCGUUCAUUAAUGGAAGAACCUUUCAAUCCUCAUACUACAAGCACCAUUGUAUCUGAUGUAUCCUCUGUACGACCAUUUGGACAUAAGUGGCUAACAAGGAAAGAAAACAAAUGGAGAGAAGCCACAGAAGAAGAUGAAAUUGAAGAAAUUGCUUGUUUGUUUAAAUCCUUUCAUUCUAGAUCAUCCUCACACAUGCAUGGUUCUAUAUUGAGUGCCCAAUAUUCUCAUGAUGAAUCAGAUGCAUUAUUUUCUACUAGUUCCGUAGCUUCUGAUAUGAAUGUAGAGAGGCGCAUCCAAUCAAUACUUAAAAGAGCUGGUUCCACUUAUCAGAAAAUAGAACCAGUUGUGCAAGUAAGACAUGUACCUGACUAGUUAAAAUAGCAUAAUUUUAC